ACGCUGCUUCAAAAUGAGCAACAGUUUGCGUGGUAUCUUCAAUGAAACGCUGGUCGAUUUUGCGAUUAUGGCCUCGGCAGCCGUCCUGUCGACAAACGGUACCGACACCAUCGAUGACCAAAGUGUAGCCGACGGCGAGGAACUGGCUGCCGGUGCAACCACAGCCGCCGGAACCCAGAGGCGGUUCCUUGGAACUUGGGGUUUGGUGCUCGUGGUCCUGUCGUACAUUUUUGGCUGCGUGGGCAACCUGAUCGCCCUCAUUCACCUGUGGCGUAACGUCCGAAACACCAAACACGCGCUCAUGCUGAAAUGCUUGCUGACGAAUGAUUUGAUUGGACUGUGCGGAAUGUUUGUGCAGAUGUGUUUGCAUCUUUACCUCCCGAAGGAGCUGGUAACCGCCAACAUUCGCCACUUCUGCACCUUUCGUGUGAUUUGGCGUGUUUUCGGCAUCAGUUCCGGCUGCGUGGCCUUCGUUAUGGCGCUCGAACGGUACAUAGCGCUGGCGAAACCGUUUUUCUACCACAAGUACGUAACGGAUAAUCUCAUCCGCAAAUCGAUCUUCAUCCUCUGGACCAUCGGGGCCUUCAUAACCUUCCUUCCCCUGUUCGGGUUUGGCAUAUACUUUGAUGAGAGGAAAAAAGCAUGCGCGCGCUACAAAAGUGCAACGGAACCAAUGGACGUGGCGUACGCGUACAUAUUCUUCAGCGUUGGAAUAUUGCUCUGCAUUGGGAUCGUCAUCUGUAAUCUCAGUGUACGGAAGGUGCUGUAUCAAUCUCACCGUAAAAUGUGCCGUCAGUUUGGUUCCAUCAAACCCACACCGAUGCUGAGUCGGUCCAUGCGCCAUUCGCAAAAGUCGGCGAGCUUCACCGACUCCAACAUCAUCCGGAUGUUCAACGAACCGACGACGGAGGAAAUUCGGUUCGCCAAACUGAUGACCGUUCUCAGCGUUUUUUUCCUCAUUUGCUGGCUCCCACAAAUGAUCAGCAUCAUCUUGUUACAAAAUAUCAGCCCAGCGAUGGAGCAAAAACUGUCCUGGAUAUUCCGCAUUUCCGAUCUUCUCAUUCUGGUGCACUUCAUGCUUGAUCCGUACAUUUACGUGCUGGUGAAGCAACGACGUCGCAGCGAUCUCCGAACGAUGAUACGAUACAUGUUCAGCCGCAAUCAGUUCAAAAUAGUGGAGACGGCGAUUUCGCCCCUGCAAAAGUCCACCAACUCGUCUCCGCUUCCUUGAAGCGUGCUACGGACGCCGUUGGUUCACUUUCACAUUU